UUUUCCUUUUGCUUUGGCCCGAAACAACCAAAGCCGGGGGUCGCAGGGAGGUUAUCGCUGCCCGGCGGCUCGCACCGCUUACGCGGCGAGGUAGGGCAGCGGCGGCGGCGGAGGCCGGGGGCCGCGGGCGCUGUGGGCGGCGGGCGCGCCUCCCACCGCCCCGGGGCGCGGCCUCGCCGGCGCAGCCGCUCCCCGCACCGCCCGCACCCGCGCAGCACCCGCGCACCAUGGAGCGCCGGGUCGCCCGUGAGUUCCGGCACAAGGUUAAUCUACUAAUUGACAAUGAAGCGGAAAAGGAUUACCUUUAUGAUGUGCUGCGGAUGUACCACCAAUCUAUGAAUCUCCCAGUGCUUGUGGGGGACCUAAAACUUGUGAUUAAUGAACCCAGCAGAUUGCCUCUAUUUGAUGCUAUCCGCCCACUUAUCCCAUUAAAACAUCAGGUGGAAUAUGAUCAGCUUACACCCAAAAGAUCACGAAAGCUGAAAGAGGUGAGAUUGGAUCGUUCGCAUCCUGAAGGACUUGGAAUAAGUGUGAGAGGUGGAGUGGAAUUUAGCUGUGGCCUCUUCAUCUCCCAGUUAGUUAAAGGAGGACAGGCAGACAAUGUUGGACUUCAGGUUGGAGAUGAGAUAGUUCGUAUCAAUGGAUAUUCCAUUUCAUCAUGCACACAUGAAGAAGUCAUAAACCUCAUUCGCACAAAGAAAAUAGUGUCCAUAAAAGUAAGACAUAUUGGCAUGAUACCUGUCAAAAGUUCAGCAAAUGAACCCCUUAAGUGGCAAUAUGUGGACCAGUUUGUGUCAGACUCUGGGGAAGGAAAGGGCAGUGUUGCUGGGCUUGCUUCUUCUGGAGGGAGAGACAAUAAAGAGAAAAAAGUCUUCAUUAGCUUGAUUGGUACAAAAGGCAUGGGUUGCAGUAUUUCCAGUGGUCCAACACAAAAACCAGGCAUUUUUAUCAGCAAUGUUAAGCCGGGUUCUCUUUCAGCAGAGGUGGGCUUAGAGGUCGGUGAUCAGAUUGUUGAGGUAAAUGGAGUGGACUUUUCUAAUGUGGAUCAUAAAGAGGCUGUCAGAGUGCUCAAAAGUAGUCGUACUUUGACUAUCUCUGUGGUAGCAGGCGCUGGAAAGGAGCUGUUCAUGACUGAAGAAGAAAGGCAGAGAGAAGCACGUCUCCGUGAGCAAGAACGCCAGGAGUUAAUGCAUCAAAAGCGACUUGCGCUGGAGACUAACAAAAUCAUCAAAGAGCAGCAAGAGAAAGAGAGAUUAAGAAAACUGGAGAUUUCCCAGAAGGCUGCAGAGGAAGAAGAGAGAUAUCGCAGAGAAAUAGAGCAGAUAACAGCAGAGGAAGAGAAAUUUAAAAAGGAGUGGGAAGAAGACUGGGGUCCUAAAGAACCUCCCAAAUCUCUAAAAACUGUGACUGCAGAAGUGCACCCUGCCCCUCAUUCCAAACAUAGAACUUUUGGAUGGUUUUAUCGGUAUGAAGGAAAAUUUCCCACAAUCCGCAAGAAAGGGAAAGAGCGAAAGAAGUCAAAAAGUGACAGUCUGUGUGAACAGAGGAAGAAUAAAAAGGAAAUGGAGUUUGAGCAAAAACUUGCCAAAGAGAAAGAAGGAAUGUUGGAGAAAGAAAAACAACUGAAAAUAAAUCGUCUUGUACAAGAGGUAUCUGAGACAGAACGAGAAGACCUGGAAGAAUCAGAAAAGGUGCAGCACUGGGUGGAAAGACUUUGUCAGACACGGUUAGAACAGAUUUCCUCUGUGGAGAAUGAGUCUCCUGAGUUGGCAAGUGGACGUCCUUCCGCUUCUCCUUCGGCCACAUCAAUGCGGCGUUUUGCUGGUGGCCUGCAGCUUCAUACCACAGAUCUUGAUGAUAUAAACUUAGAUGAAGUUGACAAGCCUAAACAACGUGUCGCACCACCUCCGCUACCACCCCCCUCUGUUACUCCAGCAUCAUCAGCUCAUCCGCUUCCUACAUCAAAUGUUGCCCUUGCAAGAGGUCCAGCCCUGGCAGUAACACCAGCUUCCCAGGUUGUAAGAAACACCUCCCACGGCGGCAAAGUAUCUUCUGUGUCAAGCAAUCCGCUGCAGCUUGCUCCAAGUCCACCUACCCAACGACCUCCAGGGGUACCAAUAGUCUCUAAACCUGUCAUGCUGCAUCCUGACCCAAACUUUAUGGUCAGGCCAACAAUCAAAUCAGAGGCCCUGCCACAAGAGAUGUUUAAAAGGAUGGUGGUUUACAAUUCAUCAUUUAGAUCUAACAAAAACCAAGGCUUCCAGAAAUAUUUGGAAGAUUUUGAUCCAUAUUCAAUGUUUACCCCAGAGCAGAUUAUGGGAAAAGAUGUACGGCUAUUACGAAUUAAAAAGGAAGGAUCGUUAGACCUCGCAGUUGAGGGAGGAAUUGAUUCUCCAGUUGGAAAGGUAGUCGUGUCUGCCAUCUAUGAGGGUGGUGCUGCAGACAAACAUGGAGGCAUAGUGAAAGGGGAUGAAAUACUAGCUGUAAAUGGCAAGAUAUUAAUUGACAGCAGGCUGGCAGAAGCACAGGCAACACUAGCAAGAGCUUGGAACAUGGGUGGGGAUUGGAUUGACUUAGUCAUUGCGGCAUCACCUCCAAAGGAAUACAAUGAUGAAACCCCUACUAUUCCCUCAUCAGCAGUCAGUCCCAACACACACAGAAAGGUUUUUGAAGGCAGUGCACCUGUGUACAGACAAGGGUAUCUCCUGCAGCUGUAGCCACUGCAGUGUUCCCUCAUGGACAUUCUUCUAAAGAAGGCUAUACUGGAGAAAUGAAGUCUUUCCCCUGCAGGAACCUGCUGCUCUAUAAAUUAAUAGGGAAUCAAUAACCACAUGAAAUGCAUCUUUAUCUGAAAGAAAUAUGAGCAAUCAGACCUGUAAAUUGAACUAGAGACUUCAGAUUCUUCAGGUAAUUAGAGUAAUUUGAAAUCAUUCUAUACAUAUACAGCAAGAAAUUUUUGCAAAAUCAUUGAGAAGGACUGCCAGUGAGCAUGGUUUGGUCUGUGAGAACUCAAUCUAUUUUUUGCUAUUUUGGGGGGCCAAAUUUUGAAAAUUAUCUUCCAAUUUUCCUGGAAAUAGACACCAAAAUGACAAACGAAGAUAGAACACAGAUGUCUGAUCCCACAUGCAACACUUGUGAUUACAUGUUCACAGGCCGGUUUGGGUGUGAAAAGGAUUGUAUUUUUACUCCAUACAUAGUGAUUUUUCCUGGGGAAAUGGGAAUGUAUAUAGGUAACUUCUGUUCUCACUCAUAUUCUUGUAGCUCUCUUAAUGUCCACUUCUGUUGCUCAGUUGUGAGUUGUUUUGAGUAUAAAAACCCUGCUGGUGGAAGAACCAGUAACGCCAGGAGUGCUAGCGUAAGGAAUAAUUUUGGUGAUGCUUAUGCAGUAUAAAGAAUCUUCUCUACCAGCAAAGUAAAUAGCUAGCAAUUAGUCCAGAUAAAAUCAUUAGGUGUAGUCAUAGUUAUACCACUGAGUAUUUGUAUUGGUGGCAAAAAUUACUCCCUCAUAUAGUCAUGGGUGGAAAAUAUGGGUGUGAUUCACAGUUUGCAGUUAUGUACUUUGUUGUCAGUGAGGCUAUAUACGUGACUAAACUGUACAGGAAGUCACUGAGUGUAACAUUUUGCUCUUGGUGACUCUAUCUUCUGUUUGAGUAAAUUCCUCAAGACUAUAAAAUCUAUACUAACCUGGCUUUAAAUAAGUAUGAUUACAGUCACAGACUUAGUAAUUUCUUUAUAUUAUCAAGAUACCUCCUUAGAAAUGUCUUUGUCUUCCUUCCUUCCUUGUAUCUGUCAGUUUGUGUUCUGUUUUUCAUAUUGUGUUUAGAUUUUUCUUACCUGGACUAAUGAAAGCCAGUUUAUAGUUUUUUGGUUUAUCAAAUUCCCACUGAAGUCUCGCCUCUUCACAGUUUGGAAACCUUCCUUUCUGUAACACAGAAAAAUAACUAUUACGUUCCUGAGAGCUCUGUACUUAUACAGAGAUGAUUAAUUACGUUGACCUUCUUCAUUUGCAGUAUUGUUGCAGUAUGCCAAUUAAUGCAUCUGGCAGGGUACACAUGUUAGAAUGUUUAAAAUUUUAAUUCUUACAACUAAUCCAGAAAUAAAAUUGCAUUUGCCAAAUGGAA